AAUCCGUAUAAAGGAAUCGAUUUCGACGACAGUCACUUUUUCCCACAAUCUUGGUAUCGGAGAUGCGAGUUCUCGUCUCAUCUUGUCAAAUACCAAAUUUUUCAAUUAGACGGUGCAAAUUUCACAAAUCAACUUCUUCGACUGCUGUCCGAGCGGGGAGUUGAUGAGAAUGGAAUUAACUUUAUUAACGGAAGUCUCCAUCACCGGACCCCACACAGCACAAUGGAUUCCGUGGAACGGGCGGCCGUCGAGGAAACUGUUUUGAGCAGUCCGUAUUUGUUGCGAAAAAUAAUUCAAAUGUAUUAUUUUGACUUUUUGCUAUUCGGGUAUAAGCUUCCUGAUAUUCCAGUUGAAAAUUA